ACCCCAUCUUCUAUUAUCCCACCACUUGUGCUCAUUUUUCGUUCAUCAUGCCUCAGAACGAGUAUAUCGAGCGCUGGCAGAAGCAGCAUGGUAAGCGGCUGGAUCACGAUGAGCGUGUCCGCAAGCGCCAGGCUCGUGAGGGCCACAAGCAGUCCUACGAUGCCCAGAACCUGCGCGGCCUGAGGGCCAAGCUGUACCAGCAGAAGCGCCACAAGGAGAAGAUUCAGAUGAAGAAGCGCAUCAAGGCCCAGGAGGAGAAGAAUGUCAAGUCCGCUGCUCCCGACGAGCCCUCCAAGACUCCUCUGCCCCAGUACCUGCUCGACCGAUCCCAGGCUACCAACGCCAAGGCCUUGUCCAGUGCUAUCAAGGAUAAGCGUUCGGAGAAGGCGGCCAAGUUUGCCGUGCCUUUGCCUAAGGUUAAGGGUAUUAGUGAGGAGGAGAUGUUCAAGGUUGUCAACACCGGAAAGAAGACCCACCAGAAGUCCUGGAAGCGUAUGAUCACCAAGCCUACUUUCGUUGGUAACGACUUCACUCGUCGGCCUGUCAAGUACGAGCGGUUCAUUCGUCCUAUGGGUCUGCGUUACAAGAAGGCCAACGUUACUCACCCCGAACUCGGUGUCACCGUUCAACUGCCCAUCCUCUCCGUCAAGAAGAACCCCAACAACCCUCUUUACACCCAACUGGGUGUCUUGACCAAGGGUACCAUCAUUGAAGUCAACGUCUCCGAAUUGGGUCUCGUCACUACCACCGGUAAGGUUGUCUGGGGUAAAUGGGCCCAGAUUACCAACGUGCCCGAGAACGACGGCUGUGUCAACGCUGUCCUCCUCGUCUAAAUGCCUCCUUCACACGGCUGCCAUUACUUAUUCCUCAUUCCUGGCAGAUAUCCCCGAUCUGUCUUCGAUACCACCCAUGCUCCAGGCAUUACUGUGAUUAGUUUUUUCUGCGGUUCAUAUGGUUGAUAGAGAACUGCUCUUUGGUGUUUCUGGCGCAUACAUUGUUAAUGUUGUCUUGGUUUUUCACGAAAAGUAUUCUACCCUGCAUGCUCAACCUCCUUGGGGGUGUAUUUAACUAGAUGAGCUUAGCUACAUGCACUCCAAACAAUGAGUUCAUGAUGA